AGCCACUUGUUAUUAUGAGUGGGUACUCUCUCUUUCUCUCUCUCUGUCUCUCUCUGUUCCCAAGGAGAAAAGCUUCAAUCUCAAAACUUCAGAAAGCUCAAUAAACCAAAACCAAAACCAAAUGCUAGCUGUGUAGAGAGAGAGACGGAGUGAGGAAGUGUAAGGAGAUGGGAGGUGUGACGUCAUCGAUGGCGGCGAAGUUCGCCUUCUUCCCGCCGAGUCCGCCGUCGUACAAGGUGGUGACGGACGAGCUCACAGGGCUGUUGCUGCUAAGCCCUUUCCCACACCGGGAAAACGUAGAAAUCGUAAAGCUUCCGACAAGGAGAGGCACGGAGAUAGUGGGUAUGUACGUGAGGCACCCGAUGGCAACCUCAACGCUCCUCUACUCCCAUGGAAACGCAGCCGAUCUGGGACAGAUGUAUGAGCUCUUCAUCGAGCUUAGCAUCCAUCUCAAGGUUAAUCUCAUGGGAUACGAUUACUCCGGGUAUGGACAAUCUACUGGAAAGCCCAGUGAGCAUAACACGUAUGCUGAUAUCGAAGCUGUUUAUAAGUGUCUUGAAGAAACCUUCGGCUCUAAGCAGGAAGAUGUCAUCCUCUAUGGCCAAUCUGUUGGCAGCGGUCCAACCUUAGAUCUUGCUUCCCGGCUGCCUCAGCUUAGAGCCGUCGUCCUUCACAGCCCCAUUCUCUCCGGUUUACGAGUUAUGUACUCCGUUAAGAAAACCUACUGGUUUGACAUCUACAAGAACAUCGACAAAAUCCCAUAUGUGGAUUGCCCUGUUCUCAUCAUUCAUGGAACUUGUGAUGAAGUAGUGGAUUGCUCUCAUGGGAAACAACUAUGGGAACUCUGCAAAGACAAGUACGAGCCGCUUUGGGUGAAAGGAGGGAACCACUGUGAUCUUGAACACUACCCCGAGUACAUCAGACACCUUAAGAAAUUCAUCGCGACAGUAGAGAGAUUACCUUGUCCGAGGAUGAUGAGCAGCGACCAAUCAGUUGAUGCGCCCCCUAGGAAAAGCAUGGACAGGAGAGUGAAGCCGAGGCACAGCACAGAGCGUAGAGAGAGAGAGAAGCCGCCAAAGAGUCAGUGGAAGAAGAGUAGCAGCAGCAGCAAGCUCAAGAUCUCUUUUGAUCAUCUUGAUCGCUCCAGGAGGAGCGUUGACUGCCAUGAAAAGAGUCGGAAAAGCGUUGACCAGUCUCAUCAGAUUGAGAGGGGAAGGAAGAGUGUGGACAGACUUGGCUCCGAGUAAAAAACACACACACACACGCACGCACAUAUAUAAUACGUAUAGAUGAUGAAAGAGUACAUAACUGUUGUUUACCAAACAAACAAACAAAAAAACCAUGCAUGUGGCCGUGAUACUGAUUUGUAACGCUUAUGCAAUUUGGGAUCUAUCUUAUCAUAUACCCUAUCUACUUUUCUAAAUCAAACAACC